AUGACCUGUGGCUUCAGCUCCGCCGGCUGCGGAUUCGGUUCCAGGACCUUCAGCUGCAUGUCAGCCUGCGGUCCCCGGCCCGGCCGCUGCUGCAUCACCGCCGCCCCCUACCGCGGCGUCUCCUGCUACCGCGGCCUCACAGGAGGCUUCGGGAGCCAGAGCGUCUGCGGCGGCUUCCGCGCCGGCUCCUGCGGCCGCAGCUUCGGCUACCGCUCUGGCGGCGUGUGCGGGCCCAGCCCGCCCUGCAUCACCACCGUGUCGGUCAACGAGAGCCUCCUCACGCCCCUCAACCUGGAGAUCGACCCCAAUGCGCAGUGCGUGAAGCAGGAGGAGAAGGAGCAGAUCAAGUGUCUCAACAGCAGGUUUGCUGCCUUCAUCGACAAGGUGCGCUUCCUGGAGCAGCAGAACAAGCUUCUGGAGACCAAGUGGCAGUUCUACCAGAACCGCAAGUGCUGCGAGAGCAACCUGGAGCCCCUGUUCGAGGGCUACAUCGAGACGCUGAGGCGGGAGGCCGAGUGUGUGGAGGCCGACAGCGGGAGGCUGGCCUCGGAGCUCAACCACGUGCAGGAGGUGCUGGAGGGCUACAAGAAGAAGUAUGAAGAAGAGGUCGCACUUCGGGCCACAGCGGAGAACGAGUUUGUGGCUUUAAAGAAGGAGGUAGACUGUGCUUACCUCCGCAAGUCAGACCUGGAGGCCAACUCAGAGGCCCUGAUCGAGGAGAUUGACUUCCUGAGACGCCUGUACGAGGAGGAGAUCCGUGUCCUCAACGCCCACAUCUCAGACACCUCAGUCAUCGUCAAGAUGGACAACAGCCGGGACCUGAACAUGGACUGCAUUGUGGCCGAGAUCAAGGCUGAGCAGCAGGGCGAGGCGGCCCUGAGCGACGCGCGCUGCAAGCUGGCCGAGCUGGAGGCCGCCCUGCAGAAGGCCAAGCAGGACAUGGCCUGCCUGGUCAAGGAGUACCAGGAGGUGAUGAACUCCAAGCUGGGCCUGGACAUCGAGAUCGCCACCUACAGGCGGCUGCUGGAGGGCGAGGAGCAGAGGCUGUGUGAAGGUGUUGGUGCUGUGAAUGUCUGCGUCAGCAGCUCCCGGGGUGGGGUCGUCUGUGGGGACCUCUGUGUGUCCGGCUCCCGGCCUGUGACCGGCAGCGCGUGCAGCGCCCCCUGCACUGGGAACCUGGCGCCCACGCUGCAGGCACCGCACGAAUUGGUGCCCACCACCAUGUUGCCGCUGCAGGGGGCGCUGCAGACGCGGCUGCUGACAGCAGGGGCAGCACCGGAGGCGCAGAGAUCGCCACAGACGACGCCACCGCGGGAGCUGCUGACGCCUUGCUCCCUCUACAUCCUCACCCUGCACUCUGUUCUGCUGAAGAAAAGCAACCAGACUAUACACAAGGAGGAGGCUCAGGGGCCCUCCAGCACCUCCUGCACGUGGUUGAGCUCUGAGGCCAGCCUCCCGCUGUCGGCCUCCACACACUCGGCCUCCCGCCUCAGCGUCUCGAUAAGCACCAUGACUUGCGGAUCAGGAUUCUGCGGCCGCACCUUCAGCUGCAUGUCGGCCUGCGGGCCCCGGCCCGGCCGCUGCUGCAUCACCGCCGCCCCCUACCGCGGCGUCUCCUGCUACCGCGGCCUCACAGGCUUCGGGAGCCAGAGCGUCUGCGGCGGCUUCCGCGCCGGCUCCUGCGGCCGCAGCUUCGGCUACCGCUCUGGCGGCGCUGAGCAGCAGGGCGAGGCGGCCCUGAGCGACGCGCGCUGCAAGCUGGCCGAGCUGGAGGCCGCCCUGCAGAAGGCCAAGCAGGACAUGGCCUGCCUGCUCAAGGAGUACCAGGAGGUGAUGAACUCCAAGCUGGGCCUGGACAUCGAGAUCGCCACCUACAGGCGGCUGCUGGAGGGCGAGGAGCAGAGACUGUGUGAAGGCGUUGGGGCCGUGAAUGUCUGUGUUAGCAGCUCCCGAGGCGGGGUCGUCUGCGGGGACCUCUGCGUGUCCGGCUCCCGGCCCGUGACCGGAAGCGCAUGCAGCGCCCCCUGCAGCGGGAACGUGGCGGUGAGCACCGGAAUGUGUGCGCCCUGCGGUCCCUGCAACUCCUUCACAUCUUGCGGUGUGGGCUCCUGCGGCAUCAGCUCCUGCGGCGUCGGCUCCUGCACCAGCAGCUGCCGCAAGUGUUAGGCGAUAAAAAUCAAGCCUCAGGCCUGCGGUCUCUCCCACCCAGCCUCCCCAUGGAGCAAGCUCCCAAUUACUUCUCUGGCACUUUGAAAGGUCUGUCCCACUCCAGGCCUCUCAUGUCUAUUGUGAUCCCCUCUUCCUUGGCUCUGUUGCUCAUGCUGGGAAAAGAAGUCCCCUUGAUGCCCCUAUGAAGGGGGCUUAGGGGCCCAGAGGACCAGGACAAGAGCUUACCCUAGGCUGUCACAGGGCUGAUGGCCAUAUCCUACCCCUAAUCACUCCCCUCCCACCUCUGCCGUGUUCAUCUGUCUUGAUCUGUGUUUCCAAUAAAUCAAUGUAGCCGA